AUGGCCUCGGGGAGGACGCUGAAGUUCGCCCUGUGCGAGGUGCUGCAGUUCGCAGGCCUGUGCGUGCCGCUCUUCAUAGUCAUGCAGAGGUUCGCCCUCAUUGUAGCGCGGGUCAAGAGCGUGGCGCAGCCACCCGGCGACGCAAGCACCACCUACUGGCUCACCGUGGCCUCCUCCAUCGCCUAUGUCACCUCUGCUGCCCUGCUUGUCUGGGUGCCCAUGAAGUACAUGGUGUUCACGAAUAAGAAGUUUCUUGUCGGGAGGAAGAAGUGGAGGCCGGUGGCCCUGGUCUAUAUGAUACUUUCCACAUUACCCUGCUUUGCCUUUCUCAUCGCCAGCUCAGAGGUGCAGAUCAAUAACAGUAUAAGACAGGAUACGUUUGCAGAGCUCCCCGUGUCGUUGGUGCUCUUCUCUCUCAUCUGCAUCGAUAUUGUGGAGAGGAUCCGCCACAGUCGACUCACUGGACACGCUAACGAAUUGGCCCGAGAUGCUGAGAUCCCUUCCACUCUCCUCACGAACGUAACCCCAGUGACACCGGUAAACCCAGAAAACCCUGCAGCACCCGUAAUGCCAGGUGUGCCCAGGCACCCUACACAACCAGGGCAACCUGGUAGUCCAAAUGGGCAGGACCAGAACGGGGCGGGGUCUCAACCAGAGGCCAAUUGGACACUCCAGGGGAUGCCAGGUAACCAGAUACAAGGCAGACAGUUCAGCAUGUCAGGCCUGAGCUCGCGCUCGGCAUGCUCUGCACGCUCGGCCAGCAUGUCCACAGACCACGGCGUCUCAACAUAUGCCUACACAGGCGCGUUGCGCUUCUUGUGUGCCAGCGAUGCUCGAGCCGAAGUGUUUGUGGACAGCUUUCUGUUCUGGAUGGACACGGUGGAGAUGGUGAGGGUGGCAGGGCACCCGGCGGUCUACUACUCGGGCUGGGUGUUCCCUAUCUACAUCUUCAGCUACCUGUCGUGCCUGCGGCUGGUAGUCAUGCCCCACAGUCCCCUGCUGUCGUUGCUAGGCGUGGCCCUGCAGGAUCUGCCUUUCCUGAUUGUGCGUAUCGGCCUCAUUGCCUUCUUCGGCUUUGUAACGCCACUCCUCUACCUGAUGAAGAACUUGCUUGUUUGUCUGGCCUUCAUCUACUUCAACUUCCUGACCAAGCUGGGGGCCUUCAACACCGAGAGGAUGUUCUGA